AUGAAUAACAUUACACCCAAUAGAAAUAAAUCUGAUUCUAUAUCACAACUUAAUAAAGUAUUACCAAUCCCAAUAGAAUUACAUAAUGGAGAAUCAUUAGAACAACAUCAACAUAAUCAUUUAAAUCAUAUAACUAAUGUAAUUGUUGGAGAAUAUCAUUUAAUUUCUGGUGAAUUUGGGAAAAGUUAUAUGACUUGGCAAAUAAAAAUCACUAUAAAUGAUUUAGAUCAUUCAUCAAUUAUUUUAUAUAAACGUUAUAAUGAAAUUUAUCAACUACGACAAGAUUUAUUAAAAAUUUUCCCUAAUACCAUCAAUAAUAAUAAUAAUAAUAAUAAUAAUGUUCCAUCAUUACCACCAAAAGAUAAUUUAAGUCUUGAUCGAUUAUUAAUGUCGAAAAAUUGGUUAGAAGAAAGAAGAAAAGGACUUCAAUGGUUUCUUAGUAAUGUUUUAUUAGAUCCAGUAUUUCAAAAUUGUAAUGUCGUUAAACAAUUUGUCCUAAGUUAA